AUGCCGCGCGAAGUUGGAGACAUCAAGCAGUUCAUCGAGAUCUGCCGGCGUGAGGAUGCAUCCGAGAGCGACCAAACGACGAACAACGGACAAACGACGAGGAUAGAAGCGUAUCUAACACCAACUGCAGACGCCCGGAUCAAGAAGUCCAAGAAGACCAGCCUGACCAAGUUCAAGGUCCGGUGCCGGCGCAACCUGUACACCCUGGUUCUCAAGGACUCUGACAAGGCCGACAAGCUGAAGCAGAGCCUGCCCCCUAACCUGACCUGCACCGAGGUCAGCAAGAAGAACAAGAAGACGGCAUAA